UAGGAUGUGUUCAUUGAAGAUGGUGGCGGUGUGUCAGACUCACUGUCCUGCACAUUUUGUCGCCUGACUUCUGUCUCUUCAGUUACAUCUUCGAGAGUGACCUGGUCCUCGGACCCUUUAUCUCUGCAGCCAUGCAGCCCCCUCCUUCGACUGGACCUCCAGGCCCUCCUCCUCCUUCUGGGCCCAAUAUGUUCCGCAGGACCAGGCCUCUCAAGCACUCGGCAGCAGCAGCUACUGCCCCAAUGGCACCCACUACUCAACCCAUGACAAACCCUUUUGCUUUUGUUAGAGCUCCUCCCCCAAUGGCUGCUGGUGGUCUCCCAACAAUUCCCAACAGCAACCCUCCACCAAUGCAAGCCCCUCCAAACGCCAUGUACUCGCAAGCCAGCUCAGGGCUUCCUCCUCAACUGCAGACUCCGGAGGGUGGGUCAGCCACGCCCCCUGGUCCCCUACCGUCCUCUCUACCAGGGGUGACUCUGUUCAACCCUCACAGCGCAGCGGCCCCCGGUGUUUACUCAGCACCCGGCCCGGCAGGAUAUGCAUCCUCACACAGUGAACAGGGCUAUUUUAAUUCUACGGAUCAGACACCACCUAUGGCCCUGGAGCCCCCACAUGCAGCUGCAGCCCCAGCACCGAGUCAGACACCUUUUAACCAGGAGUAUCAAGGGCGGCCCCCUUCUCAGCCCGUUCCCUUCCAGCCGGUGCCUCCCACCUCCUCGUAUUCCCAGUGGUCCCCUGAUCACGGUAGUCGCCCUCCGUCAGUGCAGAACUAUUUCCAGCCUACUAGCGACCCACCGCCACAGCCUUUUAAUUUACCUCCGCAGACCCAGAUGUACCCCUCCCUGAGCCCAUCACCUCAUCACAACGCCCCCACCCCUCCAACACAACCUGCGCAUCCCCAGUCUCAAGCUCAGUUUCCUCCCCAGAACCCCGUAAACGCCCCCAGCUCUCAAUGGCCCGACCCAAAUGCACCGCAGCAGCAUAACUCUCACUUCCAAAGUCAGAGCUACUUCAGUCAGAGCUCCGCCCCCCAGGACUCGUGGUUCAACAUGCCUCCGCAAGACUCAGGCUACCACCAAAUGGGGACCGGCCUGGCCCACCCUCAGCCCCGGCCCGAGUCUCAUGCACCCCAACAUGCGCCCAACACUGGGGCUAGUUCUGCUCCAGUCCCAUACUCGCAGGAGUCUGGUUCCCUCUCAAUGUUCUUCAAAGACAGCGAUGUGGAAAAUGAAGAAACACUGGCUGGAGAUAGAAAUAAAGCUGUGAACGGUAUUCCUGGAUCCCUGCAGCAUCACAGCCACCCCAGCCAAUCAGAUGCUCCUCUGCAGGAUCACUCACACCUACCAUACAUGAAUGAAGGCUGCCACCCACCACAGCCCAGCACCCAGGAGCCCCCUGAUCCGCAGAACGACCACAUGGAGAAUUUGGAGUGUGUCCCGAACCAGGAAGUAUUACCCAGUGAAAUGCUUGGCAGCCCGCCUGUUGCUACUGCUGCAGCCCAAGGAGUAGACCAGUAUGAAACUGGGCCAAACCUGGAGACUCCAGAUUCGAUUCCACGUCCAAUUAGAUCUGCCAGUGUGUCCUCCAACUACAGCAAUAUGAGCCAUGGCAGUGGAAGCGGGACCCGGCGGCACCAGGGAGUCGUGGGAACCUUUAUUCAGCAGGAGAGUCCACGUCUCACUGAGGACGCUAACCUGCCUGCUGCCACUGGGGGCUACUUUGAGCAGAUUGACACUUCCCCAGCUGGAGCUAUGGGUGCACCUCAGAGCCCCCAGGAGCAGAUGUGGGCCCCCACACCCAGCCCUCCCAAACCAACCGGCAUCUUCCAGGCCAGCGCUAACAGCUCCUUUGAACCUGUGCGCUCUCAUGGAGUAGGGGUGCGCCCUGCUGAAGUUGACAGGGCUAACGUGGUAGCGGAAGGCCGUGCAGAAGCUCCGUCUGGAAACCUGGAGCAGCCGCCAGAUAAUAUGGAAAAUAUUUAUGCCCAAGGACAUCCUUUGCCUGCUGGGCCUGGAGGUGGUGUUCCUCAUCUGCCUCACCCAGUGCUCCUUCCUCACUCUCGACCUUCAUCCCGGGCUUUUGGCGCCAGUCGGCCCUGUGAGAGCCCGGCCACCACUCUGUGGGCCCCGCAUGAUCCUGCUAGCUUGGGCGCUAACAUCCUCCUAGCCCCCGCUGCGCCGACAGUUCUCGCCCCUUUACGAGAGCCCAGUGCGGACGUGAUCCAACCUCCAGAGGACGGCCCUCUGGACCUGCAGCCCCCACAGAGAACCCAAGCACAGCAGCACUCAGAAAACCUUGAGAACCCCCCACAGGUGAGUGAGGCGGAGCCGGCUGACCUCCAUGGCAACCUGGGCUAUGCUUCUCUCCUUGUUGCCGACUCGAUCCAGCAGCCGGUUUUGAUUGCCCCGCCUGUGUCCAAUUACAGCGUGAUUCCCCCUAGUGCUGCUGCUCAAGCACCAAGCCUUAAGGAGACCACCCCCCCUGUGAGGCCACUCCCACAGGGACAGGGUGCCAGUACCUCCCAACCACCUCCUGUAACCUCUGAUCAGAAUCAAUUGUUCACGCCUGGACCUUUAAGCUUCAAUCCUUCAGCUUCUAAUCACGGCCCGCUCAAUCUGACCCGAGACUAUGCAGACUCUGCGAUGUCAGACCUGCCUCAGUCUCAGCCUGCCCGCCCUCCUCUCUCAAGGGGCCAAUCAUUUGUUGGAGAGGGCCUUUCUGCUCUCCAAGUUAAUCCACAAGCUUCUCUCGCAGCCGCUCCUGUCUCUAAUCAUAAUCAGCCUUCAAAUUACGAACUGCUUGAUUUUUCUAUGCACCAAUCACAAGCUCACAUCCCAGCCUCUCAGCAUGAGUCUCCACAGUCCAGUAAUGGAUUUUACCUACAGGUCACCAAAGACGCUCAGCAGGGGGGAAGAGCGAUGGGGAAUGUCCCUGUCCAGACCCCUGCCUCUUCUUCUUCUAUCCCACAGGUACCACCGGCCCCCCCUCAAGCAGCUGCAAAUAUCCAGCCUCCUCCAGCUGAAGCUCCUCAAACGUCUCAGGCUGCACCGCCGGGACCACAUUAUGCUGCUCCGGUUCCUGUGAGUGCAGCACCCCCCUCCCGUGACCAGCACCCACCUCCAGCACCUGCUGCAGGGGAUGCAUACCCUCCAGGGCCUCGAGGACCUGCACCUCCAGGAGCUCCCCAGCCUGCUCCUGGUGAGCCCCCUCGACCACCCUCCUCUGCAGGCAGCCAGCAGGGCUAUGGGCCCCCUCCUCCUCCAGGGCCAGGGCAGAUGUAUGGUGGCUAUUAUGGUAAUUAUGGAGAAUACCCGGACGGCAGAGCAGCUUAUCCUCCUGGCCAGUACCCACCUCAGCCUCCUGGCCAGUACCCACCUCAGCCUCCUGGCCAGUACCCACCUCAGCCUCCUGGCCAGUACCCGCCUCAGCCUCCUGGCCAGUACCCGCCUCAGCCUCCUGGCCAGUACCCACCUCCUCCACCACCCGGGGAUCCUAGAGCACAGCAAUAUUAUCCAGAUGGUUCGUACAGGGGCAGAGCUGAUCCGUGGUACGGCAGAUAUGAAGGACAGACGGCAGCUUAUCGGGAUCCAAACCUUCAGUACAGAGAGCCUCAGCCGGAGAGACCCAGCUCCAGAGCCAGCCAGUACUCUGACCGCUCCUCCUCCAGGCAAGGCUAUCCUGAAGAUCCCAACAGAGCAAACCAAAGUGCCUACAAUGAAUAUUAUGCAGAUUACGCCAAGCACUAUGAUUAUGGAGCAUACAACUAUGGAGCGUAUGACCCGCGAUACAGAGCAUACUAUGAUCAGGCCUGGGCUAAUUAUGAUGAAAGCUACAGAGGCAGAGAAAACUACUAUAAUCAGCAACAACAAGCGUAUCCUGCCAGGAAAGAGGGCUUCGAUGAUCAGUGGCGGUACUACCCCGGUUAUGAUGCCAGUUUUGAUGAUGAUUACCGUCGCCGUGGAGAAGCGUUUGGGGAUGACUUCGACCGCCGCAGUGUCCACAGUGAGCAGUCGGCCCACAGCGUGCACAGCGCCCACAGCAACACCAGCCGGAGGAGCAGCUUCAGCUCACGAUCACAGCCGAGCCAGGUGUACAGAAGCCAGCCUGACCUGGUGUCAGCCGUCUAUGACACCACCUCUUCCACUCUGGCUGUGGACUACUCCUACGCACAGUACCAGAACCAGGCCGAUGCUACACAGAACUACAGCCAGUACCUGUACCCCUCAGAGUACAACGCAGACAGCACCUGGACCGCCCCCGAGCAACCUCCUCCUCGUCCUGCAACCCCAGAGAAGUUCAGCAUGCCCCACCGCUGUGCCCGCUUUGGCCCCGGUGGUCAUCUGGUCCAAGUUCUGCCCAACCUGCCCUCAGCUGGACAGCCUGCUCUCGUUGAUAUCCACAACCUGGAGACAAUGCUGCAGGAUACCCCCGAACAGGCAGAACUGCGGGCUUUCCCUGGCCCUCUUGUGAAGGAAGAGACCCAUAAGGUGGAUGUGAUCAAGUUCUCUCAGAACAAAGCUCUGGAGUGCGCUCGGGACAACAACCUCCUGGACCGGGACUCUGCCCGCCUGCUGUGGGACUUCAUCAUGCUGCUCUGCAGGCAGAACGGGACGGUGGUCGGCACGGACAUCGCUGACCUCCUGCUGAAGGAGCACCGCUCUGUCUGGCUCCCGGGGAAAAGUCCUAAUCAAGCCAACCUGAUAGAUUUUAACAACGAGCCGCUGGCUCGAGCUGAGGAGGAGCCGGGUGCCGGGCCGCUGUCUCUCCUCUCCGACACUUUCAUGAUCGUCCCAGAAAACCUGGGCAAGGAAACUGAACGCUUCAGAGAGCUGCUGCUGUUUGGCCGCAAGAAGGAUGCACUAGAAGCAGCUAUGAAGGGGGGCCUCUGGGGCCACGCCCUGCUGUUGGCCAGCAAGAUGGACAACAGGACACAUGCACGCGUCAUGACAAGGUUUGCCAACAGUCUGCCCAUCAACGACCCCCUGCAGACGGUGUACCAGCUGAUGUCCGGGAGGAUGCCGGCCUCAGCCACUUGCUGCGGAGAGGAGAAGUGGGGCGACUGGCGCCCCCACCUGGCCAUGGUGCUGUCUAACCUCACACACACUCUGGACCUGGAUACCCGCACCAUGAGCACCAUGGGAGACACUCUGGCUUCCAAGGGGCUGAUCGAUGCGGCUCAUUUCUGCUACCUGAUGGCCCAGGUGGGUCUGGGAGUUUACACAAAGAAGAGCACCAAGAUGGUUCUGAUUGGCUCCAACCAUAGUAUGCCCUUUUUCCAAUGUGCGAGCAAUGAAGCCAUCCAGAGGACUGAGGCCUAUGAGUACGCUCAGUCUCUGGGCUCCCAGCCCUGCUUACAGCCCAACUUCCAGGUGUUCAAGUUGAUCUAUGCAUGCCGCCUAGCUGAAUCCGGUCUGAGUGCUCAGGCCUUCCACUACUGUGAAGUUAUUUCCAGGACUGUCCUCAUGCAGCCUUCAUUUUACUCUCCUGUGUUCAUAAGCCAAAUUAUACAGAUGUCAGAAAAGCUGCGAUUCUUCGAUCCACAACUGAAGGAGAAGCCGGAGCAGGAGCUGUUUGUUGAACCUGGAUGGCUGAGCCACCUCAAGCAGCUGGACGGACAGAUACGGACGGGGGUGAUCACCUACAGUGAGGACAGAGCCCCCUCCUCUCAGUACGACUGCAGCAGCCCCAGCUCGGACCUGGACCAGCCCAGCCCCUCUGAGCCCUACAACAUGCCGGUGGAGAUGGACGGCCCCGCCCCCGACAACCAGCUGAUGAGCUCAUUACUGCCCGGGCCCCCGCAGCAGGGAGUGCAGCUGAUGCCUCCAGCUCCCACCUCUAUCCUCCAAGACGGGAUGGCCCCUCCUCAGCAUUUCCAAUCCAACGACGUGCCCCAGUUCUACCCGGUCCCCCCCAGCGGACCCCCAGGCCAGAUGCCAGUCUCCCAAAGCUACCCUCCGCAGGGCCCCGUCUUCGCCCCCCCUCCCUUCCAGCCUCAACCUGAGCAGAUAGAGAUGUUCCCAGGGGCCCAUCAGCAACCCCCACCUCCUCAAAUGGGCCAAAUGUCCCCACAUGUACCGCACUCCCCUAUACAGAUGAACCCCCCACCACUGCAGAUGCCUCAGCACAUGCCCCCCUCUCCUAUGCACAUGCCCCCUGCAGAGCAGAUGAUCCAUAGCCCCCCUGAGAUGCAUCAAAUACCCUCCUUCACCCCGCAGAGGGACUUCUACGACCAAAUGGCGACCAUGGGUCCUGGGAGGAGGUCGAGGACUGUUUCUCAAUCUUCAAUGCAUAUGCCUUCGGGGCGUCGCUCUCGCACAACCUCUGAGUCGUCCAACCACUCUGGAGUAAGAGAGAGGAGCAACUCGGUGGUGAAGCAGGCCUCUCCUCCUCCCCCCUCCAUCCCUGAACAGCCCCGCAAAGAGGAGGCCAAGAGAGCCAAGAAAAACUCCCCGAAAAAGGGUGGAGGUGGUGGAGGAGUCGGAGGCUUGCUGAGCUGGAUCAUUAGGAAGGGGAAGAACGAGGCUCACCUGCCGGACGACAAUGACAAAUCUAUCGUUUGGGACGAACAGAAGCAGAGAUGGGUGGACAUGAACGAGCCUGAGCAGGAGAGUAAGCCUCCUCCUCCUCCCCCCUGCUUCCCCAAGAUGCCUCAGAUGGCUGGGCCCACUGCCCCCCCGAGUGGGGGUCCGCCUGUCAACAUGUUCUCCAGGAGGGCAGGCACAAAGAGCAGAUAUGUGGAUGUCCUGAACCCGAGCAGAGCUGCUAAACCUGGAGGAUUCGCCCCCGCUCCGGCAGACUUCUUCGCUCCUCUGGCUCCAAUGUCCAUGCCUGCUAACCUGUUUGUGCCUAGCUCAGCUCCUAACGACCAACAGCCUCUGGAGGGAAGUGAAGGAGGAAAUCAGGAGCAGAAUUCACCAAACACCAACGCUGCUCCACAGAUGUUCAACCCCACGUUGUUACCCCCCGCUCCAGAAGGUCAUCCCGUGCCGGAUGGCUCUCAGUCCGGGGAGCUCUCACGUUCUAGCUCAAUGAGUUCUUUAUCACGCGAAGUGAGUCAGCAUUUAAACCAGAGCCCCCCUGCCCCCGGACCUCCACCCGCUGGAGGCGUCACCUUUUAUAACCCUGCACAGUUUGCACAGGCGAGUGCACCAUCGGGGGGUGGACACCGCCCCGGGCGUUUGGGCGGACAGCGGCAGUACCCACUGUCAAAAUAACCUCCUCCUGUAGAGAGAUGGUGGAAACAGACUUGUUGUUGGAUAAAGAGAUGCUCCCUGGAGUAAUGAAGCACAUGGACCUACUGCUCUCUGCCCAAAGGACCCUUCGUUCUGCCCGCGACGAAGGAGAGCAGAAUCAGUCUCCAUCUUCAUCGUUAACCACUCUUCCUUCAGUUCAGUAAUCGUCACUGGUGAAUUUGAAACAGGCUUUUGAAGGGCUUUUUUUCCUGCUUCCACACAGGAAACAGACAGAUAGAUUUUAGGCUUGUACCAUGGAUGCAUUCAUACGAGAAACUGAAAAAUAAACAUGUUGCUCCCCUCAGAUCUAACACUGUUAACAGAACGAUCAACACAUGGUCAUGUUUUAGGUUUCCCUCUUUGUGUCUGAAGUCCAAUGUGUCCAAAUGUUUGAUUGUUUGUAUGUGUGAAAGGAUAGAAAGAAAGACAGUGGCACCUUUUAAUUUCAGACUGUGGACUUAUUCUGUAAACUGGAGAUGGCAUUUUGUGUGAGAAUAAAUCCAGUGUGUCGUUUGCUUUUCCUCCAGUGAAGGAAACAUGUUGCACGACACACAAGAGACUGGCCUCCCUUACAGAUAUUCAGAGUUUCAGAUAUUUAUUUAAAUGUCCUCCUGCCCAUAAAUAACUCUUGAUUUAAAGAUGUGUCGGGGUCUUGCGUCCAAGAUAGGCUGCAGUUUGAUGAUGUCACCAAAACAAGGGGUCUUCAGAACCGCAGGAAUCGGAAAUAAAACUGUUUUAAAUGUCGCUUAAAAUAAAUCUAUCCAAAUGUUUGUAUAUCAGAUUGAUUGUAUUUAUGAGCUGUAGGCAAAAAGCUAUGUGUGUGAGUGUGUGUGGAGAGCAACUAAUUUUUUCUGAUUAGCUUUGAAGAAAUGCAUUUAUGAUUCAUCAGAGAGCGAUGACGUGGAUUCAUAUUCUGAUCGUUUGUAUCGGCCGCUUCUGCAGACAAAUAAAUCUUUAUCUAAAUUGUGAAAUGAGUAACUUGUACUCUUAAAUACUUCCUUGUCAUUUUUAAUUUUCUGAUGUGAUUUUUUAUUUGAAUAGUUUGUCAUCCCAAAUGUUUGAUUUAAUGAUUUUGUAGACAUCCGGUUGAGAUUUUUAAAAGAGGUCCCCUUUUGUUUCAAAGAAGGAAAUUGUUUUUUCCCAAAUGUUUAGAAUGUCUCAUUGACAUAAAACAGUGAAAACAAAAUGGUAAUAAAGUUAUUUUUGAGCUCUGUAGCACUUUGAAACAUA